AUGCUAAUAGACGCAAUUCAUGGUGCCAAGAUGACUACUAAGCUUCUAGUGUCGCUGAAGGUACUCGUAAUUCAGCUGAAUCCGCAAAUUGGGCAAGUAGAUCAAACAAUAAAGAGAACGUGGUCUAUAUUGGAUAAGGUUAUGAAAAGUGCUACCUAUGUAAAACCUGACAUAGUAUUAUUCCCCGAAUUUUCCUUGACAGGGUACAGUUUCCACUCCAAAAAGGAUAUUUUACCUUAUGUUACCAAGAAAGAUGAAGGGCCCUCUUUUCAACUGGCCAAAUCAAUAUCUGAGAAGCUUCAAUGCUACACAAUAAUAGGGUAUCCUGAAAAGGAUGAUGAACAGAAGUUAUACAAUUCCGCCCUUGUGAUCAAUCCGCAGGGGGAGCAGGUUUUCAAUUAUAGGAAGACUUUUCUCUAUGAUACGGAAAUGAAUUGGGAUUGCGAGGAGAAUCCAGAGGGAUUUCAAACGUUCCCUAUGAAUUUUUCAAAAUGUGCCAAGCUUCCAAAUGAGGACUCUUAUACCAGAGACGUGACUUUGAAAACAUCGAUAGGCAUCUGUAUGGACUUAAGUCCCUACAAAUUCAAAGCUCCCUUUAAUCACUUUGAGUUCUCUUCUUUUUGCGUUGACAAUAAUGUCGAGUUGAUUUUAUGUCCAAUGGCGUGGCUAAAUUCUACUUCCAUCACUGACAAACAGACAUUACAUAACAAUUCAUUAUUAGAGUCAGCGAAGAACAAAAUAGCUUUCGAUUUAAAGGAACAAGGACUACCCCUGACUGGGUCUCAGGGAGUUUAUCAGCUUAAAAUUGGCGAUUCGCAACGUACCGCCAGAGUGCCUUCUGACGAAAGCACCAGUGAAUAUAAAGAUAUGGACGAACCAGACAUGUCGAACGUGAACUACUGGAUUCUACGAUUUUUCCCCUUUUUGUACUACAAACCAAGAACUGACUGGUUUAAUAAUUCAUCGCUUCUCGAGAACAUUUUGAUUAAAACUAGAAUGCCCCCAGAUCAUGAAUAUUAUAAGGAUGGGAAGCACAAGGAGGACACCAUGGACUUAUUGAAUUCUGAAGAUAUGGUAAGGGACGCCAUACUGGAAAAGACAUUUUUGGGAGCUUCCAUUAGAAAGCCUUGGAAGUUCCAAGGAAAGAAUGCGGUUCUGGUGGUAGCUAACAGAUGUGGUACUGAAGAUGGCACUACAAUAUUUGCAGGAAGUUCAGGCGUUUACAAAUUCAAUGGUAAGGAACCUGGAGAUUUGCAGAACGAUGAUGAUAUCCCGCUUGACUCCCUCAAUGAAAGUGUAGAGUUGCUGGGUAAUUUGGGCAAGGGCCUAGAAGGCGCUAUAUUGCGUGAAGUCCACUUUGAGGUAUUAAGGUGA